GUAUGGUUGUUGCGUUGGAGCGCAGGGUAGCUUCCGUGUUCUCAUUUGGUGGAAUCAACGCGGAAUGUCGCAAAUAUAGAUAGGCCUAACACAUAAAUGUAAACAGCAAAUAACAUUGUCGGAGAAGCUGAAGAUAACAGCUAGAACGAAGCCUAGGGCUUAAAAGAAAGACAAGCUCUUGCUUUGUACGAAUUUCAGGUCGUGCUGCAAGUGAGCAAUUGUUUUUAUCCUAUAGAACUUCAUCCUCUCUGUCUGCGGUUUCAUUUACACACCCGAGCUUGACCGUCGAAAGGAGUACCAAGCAAGAUGUCAACGGUUCUUCUUGGAAUCCACGGUAUAGAUUUAGCGCUAUGGAAGAACUGAGAAAGAAAAAUGUGAAGUCCAUCGUCGCUCAAAGAUUGGCCUUGUUUAAUGCUUUGGAAAGUGGACGACCUCGAUCUGACACAGGCAGCCCACAGGCGUAUACAGGCGACCAGUUUAUUUUCAACAGAGGAAUUUCCCAGGAGAUUGUGUCAGAUUUUCAGAAAGUGAAUACAUUGAAGUCUCCCACACGGAAAGAACUUUUUGAAGGCCUAGAGAAUAAUAAACCAAUUUAUGAAAACAUGGAAAAAAUUGAGAAGGGUCAGAAUUCAAGCGGAGGUGAACCUCGUAGCACAGAAGAUGUCAUAACCGCAUCUUUUUCAGUUCGUCAGCUUCGAAGGAUAUUCGAGAGUAGUUCUGUACCCCUGACUGCUCGCAACUCAUUGGGGGAGGAGGCACCAAAUUUGGUGUCAAAUGGCAGUCAGCGUACGACAGAAACACCCAACGCUGAAUAUCUAACCAACAGUGAUGUUCCCCAACAAGACAAGAAGGGGUUAGAUGAAAAAACAGAAUUGUCGACGGAAAGCCCAAGGCAGUCGCCUCUUAUUAAGAAAAAGCCAGUUCCCCAACCAAAGGACUUUGUGAAUUCUAGGCAAGCAAAAACGCUUCCAGCCGCCAGCGAUUCUAAACCCGAACCCUUUACCACAAAGACGCUAUCAUCUGAUUGGAAAGUACAGGAAGCAAAUGACAAGAACGAGAUUAAGGAUGAGAAAGAGGCAAGGGGUCCACCGUUACCACCUAAAAAUCAACCUUCGUUUCUCAGCCAUAAAGCUAAAGAGGAUUCUCAGAGUUGUUCGCCUCCUUCCAGGUUACCUCCUUCGAAGCCACUGCCAAAGCUUCCUAAUCGCGAAGAGACUGUAAAACCUUCUAAAUUCACUUGCGAGAAGGAGAAUAAAGGAGGCGUGUCAAGCCCUCGGAAAGAUAUCGGGGCAAUAGGAUCAGUUUACAUCGAGCCUACUUGCAAAGCAGAAAAGGAUGCAAAGAAUUCUGUUGAAUCAUCAGAAAAACUUGAGACAGUGCCCAUGAAAAAAAGAACACUCGGUCGAGGUGAUAUUAAGCCAUAUGAAAUCGUGAGCAUAGUCACUCCAGAAAAAGGCAACAACAACAUGAAUGAAGCUAAGGAUUACGGUAGACAAAAGUCAUCGAAAAUGGAGUCGAUGUAUGUUCAGACAUUUGGAGAUUUGGAUGGGAAAAGCACAAAAGAGAACUAUCCGAAAGAUGAAAAUGGUUACGAAGAAAUUGUAGAAUACAGCGAACCAGAGGGUGGGCAGAUAGACGAAGUUGACACGGAUGAAAUUGAUCUUUCAAAUCUCGAUUUUAAAAGCCAGGAAGUGACCUCUACAGGCGAACAGAAAGAGAAGAAAAAAUUCACUAGCCAGUUAGAGGAACGAAACACACAAGAACACAUCAGCAACGAUGAAUACGAAGAGAUACCCGCAAAAGCUGUGUUUGCUGUCUCCUUCGAUGAAGACGAGCUGACAGAUGAUACCCAAAGCUAUUCGUCGUCUAUUGCAGAUUUUAGGAGUCGUUCGUUAGAUUCUUCGGCUUUAUCUAUGCAUGAAGAUAUAAGUGAAACUUGGGAAUCAGAUGAGUUUGAUGAGUACACUGAUGAUGAGAUAUUAGAUGAGCUGAAACACCGUAAAAAGACAACUGAUGGUGAUACGUCUAAGAAAAAGAUAUCGAAUAUAGUCAAUGAAAUUCUUGCAACUGAAAAAGCGUAUGCCAAGAGGCUCAACUUACUUGACAAGGUUUUUCAAGCAAGACUCUUAAAAGAGGCCAAAGAGAAUGCUGUUGUACCAGAGAAAGUCGUCCAAGAAAUAUUCUCAAAUCUAUCCUCGAUAUGCACGUUUCAUAAUACAAUACUACUUCCAGAUUUGGAGAAAAGAAUAACGAAUUGGUCAUCUAAUGAGAAGAUUGGAGAUAUUUUCAAAACAUUAGGGCACUGUUUGAAGUUAUACACAGAUUAUGUGAAGAACUUCGAACACGCAACAAACACGUUAACUCAAUGGAUGAAAAAGUCACCUAAAUUUGCAUCUGUUAUCGAAGAAUUACAGAAACUUCCAGAAUGCGAAAACUUGACACUGCAACAUCACAUGCUGGAGCCCAUUCAAAGAGUUCCUCGAUAUAAGCUUCUUCUUCAAGAUUACUUGAAGAAGUUGCCAAAAGACUCACCUGAUCGAGCAGAAGCAGAAGAAUCCCUGGUUGUUAUCUCAGAGGCUGCUAAUCAUUCGAAUAAUAGCAUGAAAGGAAUGGAUAAAUUCAAAAAGCUGGUCGAAAUUGAAGAGAGGAUAGUUGAAGGUCUUCGGGGGGAAAGUUUAGCCACUGCAAGCAGGGUUUUUAUCAGAGAGGGUGAGUUGGUGAAAAUUGCAGCAAGAAGCGACCAAAAACAAGCAAGAAUACUUUUGCUGUUUAAUGAUCUGGUUUUGUGCUGUAACAAAAUCCCAGCGACUGGGAAAUUAAAAGUACGUCAAAUGAUGGAAAUACCAGGCAUGUCAGUUCAAGAUGGGGACGAGGUCGACCUCGGGGAUGUUCAUACAUUUAGGAUUCGAAGUCGACAGCGAGUAUUGGAUUUAGCAGCCUCAAGUCCAGAAGAGAAACAUGAGUGGAUACAGGCUAUAUCGGGAGUUAUGAAAGACUAUGAAGCAAAACGAGGUAGCUUAUUAAAACAAUAUAUGGAAGAAGAAGCUCAAAAAGAAACGUUCAAGGGGAUCGGAUCUUUAAGAGUUGGAGAUUCGGCACCUGUUUGGGUAAAGGACGAAGAAGUCACAAUGUGCAUGCUGUGUGCGGUUAGAUUUUCUUUACUAAGCAGAAGGCAUCACUGCAGAGCAUGUGGAAGGAUCGUCUGCGAUAAUUGCUCGAAAUACAGAGCUCAGCUUGCAUAUAUGAAUAACACCAUCAAACGAGUUUGUUAUGUAUGUAAUGUCAAAUUGAAUGCUGGCAAGCUCCAAGAAACAGACUCGUUUAUACAAAAAAGCUUCACUUUAGCACAAGUUAACAGGGAUCCAAAGCGGCGCAGAUCGACAAUCGUUAGUGAAGUACAAGGAGAACUACACUGGAAACCCCCUGGAAAAGGCUGGGUGAAAGGAUAUUUUAGUAUUGCAGAUAUGGUUUUAUACGUACAAAAAGGUAAAAAGGAUCCAAAAGCACAGAUGACCAUUGCAUUACCCGGGUAUGCUAUAGCAAGACCAUGUCCAGAAGAUGAAAUUGAUGAAGCAAAGUAUCCAUUUGUUUUUAAACUUCAUUCUGGAAAUAAGAAAGAGUUGACCUAUUAUUUCCAAGCAGACAAUGAGGACAUGAUGCAAAGGUGGAUUGAUGUCAUAAAGUAUUCAAUAAAGGCCGAAAAACCACCACAGAAUUAUAAAACAUUGUAACAAAGUCUGUUCUGUAAUUAAUAGUAGAAUUUUAAUACAAGGGCCUUGAAUUUUAUUUUUCUAGAUGAAUUAACGAUAGAAUACUGGAUUAAGGUGUAUGAAUGUAACAUGCAAGUAAUAGUUAUUUGAGAACUAGUCUAGU